AUGAGCUCCCCAUAUUCGGUUCAUGAGAGACCAACGGCGUCAGACGUCAGAUCGAGUCCCGGCGCUCCGACAGUGAAGCCAAUGGGUUAUGCCCACAUAUUUACUUCUGUGAGGACCGAGAACGCUGCUUUUGAAAAUGACCCACUACUUCGCUACGUCAGAAAUGCCCCGGACGCACGUUUCGGAGACAUAUAUCGAGCCGUGGCGUUCGUCGCGCAGCUUGUGCUCGAUGUACAUCGAGAAGAAGCGCUAACAAUUGGUAAUGGCGAUGCGUUCGUAACAUAUCUUCUCAAGGAGGACCCGUUCUACGGGGUUGUAUUCCCCCUUCUCAAAAAGCUAGAUGUCUUCUCGUCUCCUGAACAGCAUAGGCGCCGUACGGAAUGGUUCGAGAAACGUCAAGUCGCAUUCAAGGAGGCUUUUGGCGAAAAUCUGGAUGACAUGAUCUACCUCAUGGAGCUGGCGACGUCUCCGCAGAAGCAGGGAUUAGGCUAUGGAUCAAAGCUCAUUCAAGCAGUAACUGACUUGGCCGACGCAACUGAACGCAGGGUGUGGCUAACGUCAUCCAACGUCGCAAACACGACAUUCUAUGAACAUGCCGGGUUCGUGACGUUGGCAGAGUUUACAGUAGGAGACUCAAAUCCGACAUGGACGGAGAGUCCGAUUAGAGUACAGAUUAUGUCCAGGGAACCUCGAAGACCCGAUGGCCUCAUAGUGUCGACGGACAUGUCAAAUCUGAUUAGGAGGAGGGUUCCGUCACAACGAUAA